AUCAGAUUCCUCGGCCUACCCUCCAUUGAAAAACAAGAGGCUCGAGUCGAGACUGAAACCGUUGUCGGUGCAUUGUGAUUGUUUACACAUAGGCCUAUCAUAUAUAUUUUAAAUAUAAUAAAUGGCGUCGACUUUACUGUCACCCAUGGUGGAUUAUUAUAACGACGAGGAAGAGCUAGACAGUGUGGAUGAAGAUGAAGAUCGCAGUUUCAGAGGCAGAGACUCGGAAGAAGACACAGAAGAUGCCAGUGAAACAGACCUGGCCAAACAUGAUGAGGACGACUAUGUUGAAAUCAAAGAACAGAUGUAUCAAGAUAAACUGGCUUCCCUGAAAAGACAGCUACAACAACUGCAAGAAGGCACACUGCAGGAGUACCAGAAGAGAAUGAAGAAGCUUGAUCAGCAGUAUAAAGAGAGACUUCGUAGCGCCGACCUCUUUCUACAACUUGAGACAGAGCAGGUGGAGAGGAACUACAUCAAAGAGAAAAAAGCAGCGGUGAAGGAAUUUGACGAUAAGAAAGUGGAACUGAAGGAAAAUCUUAUUGCAGAGCUGGAGGAGAAGAAGAAGAUGAUUGAGAAUGAGAAAUUAACAAUGGAGCUGACAGGAGAUUCCAUGGAGAUGAAACCUAUUAUGACCCGGAAGCUCCGGAGACGACCCAAUGACCCGGUGCCUAUUCCAGACAAGCGGAGAAAGCCUCCACCUGCUCAGUUAAACUAUUUACUCACUGAUGAGCAGAUCAUGGAGGAUCUAAGAACAUUAAACAAGCUCAAAUCUCCCAAAAGACCAGGUACGGACGUUUUGUCUUUUAGAGUGUCCCCGUCUUCUCCGGAGCACCUCCCGUCGACUCCGGUGGACACCCCAUCCCAGCGUUACGAGGCACGGAUAGAGGAGGGGAAACUCUACUAUGAUAAGAGAUGGUACCAUAAAAGUCAAGCAAUCUAUCUGGAGUCCAAGGAGAACACCAAGAUCAGCUGUGUCAUCAGCUCUGUGGGGACCAAUGAGAUCUGGGUGAGAAAGACAAGUGACAGUACGAAGAUGAGGAUCUAUUUAGGGCAGCUGCAGCGAGGGGCCUUCAUCAUUCGACGCCGAUCAGCUGCAUAGACAUGUGUGUGUGUGUGUGUGUGUAUGUGUUUUUUUUUUUUUUUAAAACAAACAUUUUAAAGCUCUUCCUGUUUUACCAAGUCAGCUACGACAUGUUUAAGCAUGAUAUUUCCUCCUGUCUCUCAUCUUAUUUUUCUAUCGCUCUCACACGUAUGGUAUAGAUAUUCCCAAAGCAUAUCAUGAAAUGUCUCACGUUUAUCUUUAUAUUUGCCUUUUUCCUCUCUAUGAACUUUGCAUUGUAUGUGUAAUGUGUCUGAGGUAAGGCUCAGCGCUUUACUGUUUGAUUUCAAAGAGCUCUCUACGAUGAAAUGAGUAGACGACGAAACACUUUGGGAUUGUGUUCUAUUACCAGUGAGACAUUUACAAAUUUUAUUUAGUUGUUUUUUUCUUCUUUGAUAUGUAAUGCCAUAAUCUAUUCUCUCCAUGCAUUUGAAAGUGUACAGGAUUUCAGAUUACUUAGCUAGUUUUAAUUUUGUAUUCAGGUGAAUGUUAAAUAAAUUUGGCUCAAACGGUACAAAACAA